GUGGAACCACCGAUCUACGUUGUUGGCGAUAUACACGGGCAAUUCGAAGACCUCAUGGCAUUGUUCACUCUCAAUGGCUUUCCACCAUCCAGGCAGUAUCUUUUCCUCGGUGAUUAUGUUGAUCGUGGACCGUAUUCUCUUGAAUGUAUCGUACUUCUGUUUGCUUACAAAGUUUUGUAUCCAGAUAUAGUAACUCUUUUGCGUGGCAACCAUGAAUCACGGCCAGUUAACAAGCAAUAUGGCUUUUAUACGGAAUGUACUAAACGAAUAUUAUGUAUGCAUGGCGGUAUUAGUGAAGGAUUAACGGAUUUGUCGCAGGUAGUUCAUAUCAUCCUCUUCUCCUUCUUCUCCAUUUUCAUCCACACAGUCGGAAUAUUUAAGUGUGCCAGUCGGGUAAUGCCAAUUUGCCACUGGAACUUUCAAAGACUUCCAAAAUUUUCACAACUUUCUCAGGCACGUUUCGCAAACAUUCCAGGAGUUUCUAAUUCACCCGAAAAAAUUUGUUUGUGUGUAACCGUGAGGAUUAAAAAUACCAAUUUGUAG